AUGCAUAAUCCAUAUUUACAACUCAUAGGGAUCUCCACUUCCUAUGGGAACGUGGGGUUAGAAUUAACUACUCAUAAUACAAUUGCAUUUUUAGAAUUCCUUGGAUCGCCGGAUAUUCCCGUAUACCAAGGUUCGUCUAAGCCGCUUGAAGGUGACGCUCCUGAAGCUUCGUAUAUUCAUGGAACUACAGGAAUUGGAGGUGCGCAGGGAUAUUUAUCCGAGAACCCUCAUGUCAAGUGUAAGACAGAUAUAAAUUAUAUUGAAGCUAUUAAUAACGCCGCUAAAGAUGCCCAUGGAGAGCUUUGUGUCAUAGUGACUGGGCCCUUAACUAACUUGAGUAAAGUGCUUGACAAGUAUCCUAAUUUCGGUGACCAAGUUCAAUAUAUUUCUAUUAUGGGAGGGGCAUUUGGGCUCGGAAAUAUCACUCCAUAUGCCGAAUUCAAUCUAUAUUCCGACCCUUUAGCUGCAGAAAAGGUAUUCACAAACGUAUUUUUACAGGAUAAUAAGCUCAUAUUAUCACCAUUAAACAUCACCCAUAAAUGCAUUGCAACCAAGGCUAUCCGAAACACCUUCAAAGGUAAAAAGGGCAGUCUCUUUCGAAGCAUAACCAAUUUCUACGCCGAAAGAUAUGCUAAGGUUAGCCCUACUGGACCUCCAGUCCAUGAUCCAGUUGCUGUCUUUAGCUUGAUAGCCGUCUUGGAACGGAAACAAAAGGAAUAUGGCUAUCAGUGUUGGCAUGAGACCGUUCAAGUUGCACUUGAAGGUGAGAAAAGAGGUGAAACAACCAUGUUUGAAAAUGGUAGUAGUAAUGGUGUCUAUAUUGGGUAUGAUAUUAAUCCACAAGCGUUUUGGGAUGCUGUUUCUGAUGCCAUAGUCUCGUUGGAACACAAUAACUAA